GUUUAAUGAAAAUUGGAUAACUUUAACUUGUUUUUUUUUUUUAAACAUCCCUCAUGACUCUACUGCGCAGACUCUGGCUCCAAAUGACGUAAUUUACGUAGCGGCCAUAAUGACUUGUUUUAGCUUCACUGUUCUAUAGUGGAAGAAUAGGAGACGCUUCGUCCAUCUUUUUUUACAGUCUAUGGGAGAGACACGCUUUGCUUAUUAAUAUUAAUUUGGUCAUGUAAAAGUUGCUUCUCAACCAUUCUGUGGGGUCCAGUAUAACGCAAUGAAUAUUCAAAAUAGAACGGCUGGUUCAGCCAAUCAGUUAGGACAACCGCGACAACGUCAGAUUACGUAAUUAAUAUUCAUAAGAGAAGACGGCACCGAAGCGAAAGAGCGAGGGUUAGAUAUGUGAAAAACAUUUGCCUGUUUACCGUUUUUAAUAAUGGAGAACUCAUCUAAAGAAGAGUACAAGAUCCAGUCGUUCGAUUUGGAGACACAGAAACUCCUCAAAACUGCCUUGAAAGACCCAGGUUCAGUUGACCUGGAGAAAGUGUCCAAUGUAAUAGUGGACCAGUCUCUAGAGGACCAGAUCUUCAGCAGGGAGGCCGGACGCAUCUGUUACACGCAUUCAUAUGACUGACUUUUAUGCAGGCAGAGGCCAAAACAGACCAAUGGGAAUGUGUUUCAGCGUAAUCUUCUGAACCGACUGCAGCAGGCAUUUAAAGCCAGAGAGGAACGGAAGAGAUCCACUCAGGAGUGGGUUUGCCUCGUGUCCUUCAUCUGCAACAUCUUUGACUACCUCAAGGUGAACAACAUGCCCAUGAUGGCCCCUUUUGUGCAGCCCGCCUAUGACAUUUUGUUCAGACUGGCCCAGUCUGAUGCCCUGCAGAAUGAGGGAGGAGUUCUCUCCUUAUCUCUGUCUCAGGUGGACUGUCUGGUGUUACAGUUGCAAUCAGAUCGAGAUCAGCUGGAGAAGAUGAACAUGCAGCUCAUGGAUGAGCUGUUCAGUCUGCUGAGGGGAUGGAUUCUCUCCUGCAGGGAGGACCUGAGCUCCAUGGGCCGCCUGCUCCUGCUCUCGAGAUCCUUGAGUUUCUCGCGGGGCGGGAGGCUGGUCUCUCAGCCAAACGCUCAGAAAUACUACUACAGCCGCAGCGGACGGACUGAGGCCUCCACCAAUCAGGAGAGAGAAACAAGAAGUUAA